GCAGUGCCGGCGGACGAGGCCCAGAGCACGUGCGCGCUGUGCGGGGAGGCGUUUGAGGUGUUUUGGAGCGCCGAGGAGGACGAGUGGAUGUACCGGGGGGCGAGCUACCUGCACGACGACGCAGACGGAGCGGAGCGCGGGCCCAUCGUGCACGUCAAGUGCCGCGCAGACAGGGACGCGCUCGCAAACGGCACGGCGGACGAAGCGACGGAGCACACCGAGGGGGAGAGCACGGACAACGGGGGAGCGACGAGCAGCCUGCGGGAGGAGCUGGGCGACCUUGUGGCGCUGCUGGAGGGGGCGCAGGGAGGCGGGGCGGUGGCAAAGCAGUGGGGCGGGGGCGAGGCCGGCGAGGCGCGGGGGGCGCUGCGAGUGCCCAAGCAGGAGGACGGGGAGGCCGGGACACAGCUCGACGAGGCGCAGCCAGGGACGGAGGCAGGCGGCCCAGCGCGUGCACCAGAGGUGAAGGCCGACCCCGACGCUGCCGAGGACGGCGAGCCCGAGGCAAAGCGAGCCCGGAGACAAGACACGCACGAGGGCGCCGUAUGACGCGGCCCCUCUGUCUCGGUGUUGGACGGCGUUGGACGAGGCAGGGGCAGGCCGCCGGCGCAAGGAGCGCCACCUGGGCUGGGGCACAGCACCAGCACAUACAGCCAACUUGAAGGCUGGCGGCUGGCGCGGCGCUGACCAGCGUCAUGGGUAGGCCCUUUGUAUCGGCGAGGAUACAGAAGAGGACGCGAUGUCUGACAAAGAUUAUGGUUGGAAUGCAAAUAAGGCCCCUCCAGGUUGCCAAACUGAUGCUUCCGGCAAUGUCAACAAAACGAAGCAAUUGUACUGAACAGCAUGUGAAAGCUAAGCAUGUAGUCCGUCCAAAGCUUCUGUGAUGAUACGAUGUAUCUGCACACAUGGCCGGAGCAAUGAUCACUGAAAAGCAAAAC